CCAACCACAAAGAGAGAGUGACAGAGAGAGAGAGAAGAGAAAAAUAGUGAGAGAGAGAGAGAAAGAGAGAAAAAAGAGAGAGAGAGAGAGAAAUGGCGUCAAAGCUCUGCGACUCGUGCAAAUCGGCGACGGCGGCGUUAUACUGCCGUCCGGACGCGGCGUUUCUGUGUCUCAGCUGUGACUCGAAGGUCCACGCGGCGAACAAGCUGGCGUCGAGACAUGCGCGCGUGUGGAUGUGCGAAGUGUGCGAGCAAGCGCCAGCUCACGUCACGUGCAAGGCAGACGCGGCUGCUCUCUGCGUCACGUGCGACCGAGACAUCCACUCGGCUAACCCUUUGGCUCGCCGUCACGAGCGCGUCCCCGUCACGCCAUUCUACGAUUCCGUCUCCGGCGCCGACGGCUCCGUCAAACACACCGCCGUCAAUUUCCUCGACGACUGUUACUUCUCCGAUCUAGACGGAAACGCUAGCCGUGAGGAAGAGGAGGAGGAGGCGGCGUCGUGGCUUCUCCCGAACCCGAAGACGACGGCGAUGGCUACGGCGGCUGAGACGGUGCCGGGAGAUAGCCCGGAGAUGAACACGGGUCAACAAUACUUGUUCUCGGAUCCGGAUCCGUAUCUGGAUCUGGACUACGGGACUGUUGAUCCGAAGCUGGAAUUGCAGGAGCAGAACAGCUCCGGCACCGAUGGUGUGGUUCCGGUGGAGAGUCGCACGGUUCGAGGCCCGACGGUGAACGAGAACUGCUACGAGUUGGAUUUCACCGGAGGAUCCAAAGGCUUUACUUACGGUUACAACUGUAUCAGUCACAGCGUAUCAUCAUCGUCGUUGGAAGUGGGAGUGGUGCCAGAUGGAGGCUCCGUGGCCGACGUUUCAUACCCUUACGGUGGUGCUGCAACCAGAACCGAUACGGGAAGCCAGCGAGCUGUUCCGUUGACGUCAGCAGAGAGAGAGGCGAGGGUAAUGAGGUACAGAGAGAAGAGGAAGAACAGGAAGUUCGAGAAGACGAUAAGGUACGCUUCAAGGAAAGCAUAUGCAGAAAUGAGACCGAGAAUCAAGGGACGGUUUGCGAAGCGGACAGAUACUGGUGAGAGCAACGACGUGGUUGGUCAUGGCGGUAUCUUUAGCGGCUUCGGACUUGUACCUACGUUUUAGAGAUUGAAAUAAAAUGAAGGGACUUGUUUGGUGUUUAUUUUAGUAAUAAGGUUUUAACGAACCUUUUUUUUUCUUUUUUGCAUUUUAAGAGUUGUUUGUUUUUUUUUUUUGUUGAUGAGUUUUUUACCUGUUAAUGGGCGGGAGAGAGGAAGGACAAGAAAGUGGGUGGUGUUUAUGUGUAACUUAUUUUGUAUAUAAUCAUGUGAUUUUGAACAUGUUUUGUGUAUGUAGUGUUUUUCUAUUUUCCAUUUGAUUCAAUGUUUCGACAUAA